UCAAAAACAAAUUGACUAAUGAAAUGUAAUGCGGAUUGCAGAAAUCAAAGAAAAGUUAUAUUAAGUAUUUUUUUAAGUUUCGACAUUGUUAUAAAUAAAAGACAGUCUUCUAAACAAUGCCAGAAAACAAGAACUUAGUUCUAUGUUAUAAUCGAGGCUGUGGUAAACUUUUCGAUCCUAAUAGCAAUGAUAAAGAUGAAUGCUGCCAUCAUCCAGGCGCCCCAGUUUUCCACGAUGCCUAUAAAGGAUGGUCUUGUUGCAACAAGAAAAGUGUGGACUUCACUGAAUUCCUCAACAUCAAAGGAUGCACUAUGUCAAAGCACUCAAAUGUGAAACCUCCAGAGGCAGAGAAAAAGGCCUUAGACAAAGAAUUGGAAAAGAAGGAAGUAAUAGAAGUUAGAGCACCAAUUGUUGGGCCCCAACUAACCCGACCACUAUUUGAAUCUGCAUUAGUCAAUCUAGAGCCUCGCAUAGCAGACUCAUUGAAAGAAAGUCUACAAAAAGCAACUCAGCAAGCCGUGGCUUCUGCUGAUGGAAACAAAACCGUAGAAAUUGGAACAAGUUGUAAGAAUGGAGGAUGCAAUGUGUCUUACGAAGGGCCACAGAGUAACAACAGCAUGUGCACAUAUCACCCUGGCUGCCCGGUAUUUCACGAGGGUCUAAAGUUUUGGUCCUGCUGCCAGAAAAGAACAACAGAUUUCAAUACCUUCCUCAGUCAGCCGGGCUGUACAACGGGCACUCAUAAAUGGUUUAAAGAGAGUGCUCCCGCUGGGACAGUAAAGUGUCGCUGGGACUGGCAUCAGACACCAGAUUAUGUCAUCGUCAGUGUAUAUGCCAAGAAAUAUGACCCAUUCACUAGUUACAUUAAAGUGAACCCUAUUCGCCUGAACACAAAGUUAGUUUUUCAUGAAGAAGGGAACGCAGUAUUUGAAAUUGAUCUUGAGCUAAGAGGAGUAAUUGAUAUAAGUAAAAGCAGUGCUUCCAUGUUGGGUUCCAAAGUUGAAAUAAAGCUUAAGAAAGCAGAGCCGGGCGCCUGGAGUAAGCUGGACUUCCCGAGAAAAGCUGAACCACAGAAAGAACCCGAAAAACCUCGGGAAGAACAACAUGAAGACGAUUCGGUAGACUUAUCUACCGUUGAAGCUAUUCAAUCUAUGGGAAAAGUGAAUGUCACUGGUUGAUACCUGUACACUGUACCUUUCUCGAAAAUACUAAUUACUUUUUUAUUUAUUGUAAUCUGUAUUGUUCCAUUUGCCAUUAAUAACUUAGAUCACACAUUAUACUGUUUUUUAUUAUCAAAUGAAAUAGACUUUACUGUAGGAGGUA